AUGGAUGGCGGCACACUAAAUACUCAGAAAUCUUUUCCUCUAACAUCAAGUCCAAUCACUAUUCCUUCUCAUGAUACUUUUCAUUCCAAUUAUACCUCAAACAAUAAGUUGCAUGCAAAUUCUUUUACCUCGCCCUCUUCGGUUGAGCCUCAUUCUACCUCGCUCUCUUCGGUUGAGCCUCAUUCUACCUCGCCCUCUUCGGUUGGGCUUCCUUCUACCUCGCCCUCUUCGGUUGGGCAUGAUAGAAAAAAUCGCACCAACUCUUUUUAUGACAAGUUGGUCAUUCGUGUUGAGCAGCCAGUAGGUGGCAUGUCCAUUUCCCCAUCUAGCCGUGAUAUAGUAUUAGCCGCACGAAAAGGACUUUUUAUCAUUGAUCUUAACAAUCCUUGGGAACCUCCUCGCGGACUUCAUCAUUUAACAAAAUGGGAAGUAGCGGACGUACAAUGGAAUCCUCAUUUAGCACGUGAAAAAUGGGUGGCCUCAACGUCAAAUCAAAAAGGACUUAUUUGGAAUCUGUCGCUUUCUUCAGAUGCUGUUGAAUUUAUUCUUCACGGCCACAAACGUGCAAUUAGCGAUAUAAACUGGCAUCCAUUUAAUCCCGAUGUACUUGCUACAUGUUCUGUAGAUACUUAUGUCCAUCUUUGGGAUUUAAGAAUACCGAAGAAGCCAUUUCGUUCAUUUUGUGCAUGGAACUCUGGUGCUACACAAGUAAAAUUUAAUGCAAAGAAUGAACAUAUAUUAGCUUCUUCUCACGAUAGAAAACUUAUGAUAUGGGAUAUUAGGAAAGGUUCUCUUUGCGUGACUGAAAUUCUCGCGCAUGCAACCAAAAUAUACGGUAUCGACUGGAGUAAAAGUGAUGAAAAAAAUAUAAUUACUUGUAGUUUAGAUAAAAAAGUCAAGUUCUGGAAUAUUGAAGAACCUGGAAAGUGUCAAGGUGAAAUUCAGACAAACUCUCCUGUUUGGCAAACUGCAGUACAUCUCUGGAAUCUUGAAAAUACACGAUAUCCUGUAGAAUCAUUUACAGAACAUCAAGAUGUUGUUAAAGAAUUCGUUUGGAGGAUCAGAGGGGGUGGCAAUCAAUCUAUUGACGAUAGAGAAUUUCAAUUAAUUACUUGGUCGAAAGAUCAAAAUUUACGAUUAUGGCCGAUAAGUGAUAAUCAGUUAAAGUUAAUUGGCCAUGAACGUGGCAAACCAAGAUCUCCUAAUAUCAAUAUGAUGCUAAAAGGGUAUUCUACCUUCACAUUCCGUGAUCCGCCAGAUAAUCAUUCAAUUUCUCUUACAUUAAAUCCAUCAACAGCCAUUUCCACAUUACGAGUUAUUCCUGGUCAUGGUGGUCAUAUGAACCACGCUACCACGUUACGUCCGUCUGGAGCUUCCACUGGUGGUGGAAAUUUAAAAGGUUACAUGGGGGCAGCUGCAGGAAUGUUCAGGGCUGAUCGUUUUGCAUUAUCGCCUCUAUUAUGGAUGCAGGGUGUGAGAAUGAUUAAAACUAAGGGUGAAGGCAGUAAUACUGACGUUCUAAUGAAUAUGCGAGAAGAAAUCGAUCAAGUUACAAACAAAUUCAAAAAUGUGAAAUUAGAAAAGCUUGACGUUCCUAACCGUAACUGCAGAAUUAGCCUUCAUGGACCUUGGUCAGAGAAUGGCUUAGCAUUUAUACGCGUUAAUAUAUUUUAUCCGGAGAAAUAUCCUGAAGAUAGACCACCGAUUUUUGAGAUUCAAAAAACUGGAAUGAUAUCUAUAAUGAACCGAACGCAUAUGUCACAAAACCUUAAAAAGAUUGCCAUAACUCAAAUUUCACAAAAGAGACCAUGUUUGGAAGCUUGCGUACGAUACCUACUCGGAGGUCAAAAUUCGGAUGGUCAAGAUAUUUAUGGAAAAGAUGAUUCUGAUGAAGAAAAUCUUUUGAACUCAAAGAGGAGAACUUCAUAUGACAAUAAUCUAAUAAUGUUGUUGGGAGAUAAAGAUGAUCAUAAUAGAAUUCUCUUUCCAGUAAUAUGUGGAGCUAGAUUUUCAGCGAGUGGGAAACUUGUAUGUUUCUUUUCGAAUUUUAGAUCGCAAGAUUUAAGCCAAAAAAGUAAUCACUCUGGACAUAAUUAUACAUAUACACAUCCACGUUCUUAUGACUCAUGGGAACAAUAUCAAAUGAUAACAAGGCUUCCGAGGCCUAUUUUUGGUUAUCAGGAUGGAGAUGAGGAUGAUAGCUUGUUUCCAAUCUAUAAGCAAAAAAAGGAUGAAACACAUGACAAUGAAAUACCAGACGCAAAUCAAAUCCCUACUGAUCAUGUAGCGUUAUUUGAGUCAUCAGAUCUUAACAAAAAACGUCAUAGUGUGAUUUCAUUUGAUUUAUCAGAAAUGAUGCCUGUAAAUUAUAAACUGGCCUCGAAAUACGUCCUUCGCGGUAAUGAUCCGGUGGAGAUUUGCAAGCGAAACGCCCAGAUAGCUGCAGAGCAUAAUCGUCCAGAUUUGGAACAAGCUUGGAUUCUUGCUUCAUUAAUUCUUACUCAAACUAUCCCCAACAAACGUAUGAGGAAUUCAGUAACAAAUGAAGAUAUGUUUUAUCAUGAAAGAUCAAUGAAUCCCUAUGCAAAACCUUUAGUUAAAAGAAAGAAAAAUCGUAUGAGUUACGAUACUUCAUUAGAAGAAUUCCCAAACUUAUUCGCUAAAGUAAAUUGGGGACAUCAUCCAUUAGGAAAAAAUCUUGCGCAAGAUUUAAUUAAUCACUUUAUUAACUUAGGUGAUAUUCAAAUGGUUGCGAUGCUAUCGUGUGUUUUUAGAGAACCGUUUCCUCCUGAAAGGAAAAAUGAUUUGUCAUCUUCUGAAACAUAUUUUAUGAACUCAGACUUAUUAUCAAGUAGCAAUAAUGAUUAUUUUAAUUACAAUAAUACGAGGUAUUCAGAUAAAUAUCAAAUGACUGAUUUUAUGCGUAGUCAAUCUAGUUAUCCUGGUUUGUCAACUACAUUUGGACUAGUUAUGAGUGAAUCAUAUAGUUCAUCUAAAGGAUCUUUGGGUACGCAUCCAUAUCAAUUUGAGAAUUUUGGAUACUCAGCUACACCUCCUACACCAUCAAUAUAUCAUUAUGGACAUUCAGAAGGUACCAGAGAUCCUAUUAUGGUUCCCAAUUCUGGUCAUUCAAUACAUCAUCAGAGAAGAUCUACAUUUGGUGGUGGUGCUGGUUCUGGUGUAAGAGAUUUUUCUUCAAGUGUUAGUACAACGGCAUCAUCUCCAAAAACUCCAAGAAAAAGUAGUCCAGCUACUGCAGGAUUUACGGGUCGACAUGAACAUUUCAAUUGGCCCAUGGUAUAUUAUGGUAACAAUGACAAGAGUACAGAAUUAGAGAAAAAACCCGAGAAAAGUUCUGGACUGAAUUUAGUUAUAAAUAUGGAUGAAUUUGAUGACGAAAGGAGACCUUUAUCUGUAAAGUUGUUAGACGAUGAUCGAUCAAUAACAGCUUCACAUGAUCAAUUCAGAUUAGCAUAUUGUGAAAUAUUAUAUCAUUGGGGUUUUUACGAAGCACGUGCUGAAGUUUUAAAAUUUAUGAGUUUUGUAAAAGCCACCCAAAUUGGGAUUCAUUGUCAUAAAUGUGGUACAGAAUUAAAACAUAAUUCGACAUGUGGAAAUUGUCAACGUGAUAAAUAUCAACGUAAAAGUCUAAUGAGAUGCUCGAUAUGUCAUCAUUAUGUUAAAGGAUUAAUGAAUUUUUGUAUAAUCUGUAAACAUGGUGGACAUACAUCACAUAUGAGAGAAUGGUUUGCAUUAGGUAACGAGGAAUGUCCGACAGGAUGUGGUUGUCUCUAUGAAAGAAUUGAGAAAUGUGAAUUAUGCACUUUACCAUCUAAUGAUACUAAUAUUUUUGAUUCGAUUCAUGAAAGUAAAAUUCCUCCAACAAGUGGACAUCCGGAAAUUGAUAGAAUUAUUUCCAAUUCUCAAUUAAAACCCAGAUUUAUGGUUUGUGGUGGUCAAUUAGUUGUUAUCAAGAAUCUUGGGAGGGAUUCUACGGAAUUGACUGCCGAAUUUUUGCACAAACUUGAAACAUAUAUCAAUAUUUCAACCUCACAAACAAAUUUGCUGGAAGAUUAUGAGCAAUUUCAGAAUUCCGAUAAUAAUGAAAGAAAAGAUGAGAAUCAUAACGUGUUUGGAGAUGAGAAGAAAUAUCGUAGUCAAUUCAUUGAUUUGGAAACAAUUUCAAGAGUAGAGAGAUUUGAAGAAUUAGAUGUUAUGGGGAGGCAAACCUUAAAACCUAUAAUACAGUCAUAA